GACCCAAGAUGGCGGCGUGUGGACGUGUACGGAGGAUGUUCCGCUUGUCGGCGGCGUUGCAGCUGCUGCUGCUGGCGGCUGCUGGGGCGCAGAAACUACCGGGCCAGGGCGGCCACAGCCAGGGCCUGGGCGUCGGGGCCAACUUAGUGUCUUUCGAAAGGCAAGCUGGAGGCGGCGGGCCGGCGGGUCAGCCGCUAAUCCAGCUGCCUCCGUCAUCUCAGCUCCAGCAGCAACAGCAGCAGCAGCAGCAGCAGCAGCAGCAACAACCGCCUCAGCCGCCACAGCCGCUUUUCCAGGCUGGUGGGCCUCCAGCCCGGCGGGGCGGAGCGGGGCCCGGCGGGGCUGGUGGGGGCUGGAAGCUGGCUGAGGAAGAGUACUGCAGGGAGGACGUCACCCGUGUGUGUCCCAAGCACACCUGGAGUAACAACCUGGCGGUGCUCGAGUGCCUGCAGGACGUUAGAGAGCCUGAAAAUGAAAUUUCUUCAGAUUGUAAUCAUUUGUUGUGGAAUUAUAAGCUGAACCUAACUAAAGAUCCGAAAUUUGAAUCUGUGGCCAGAGAAGUUUGCAAAUCUACCUUAUCAGAGAUUAAAGAAUGUGCUGAUGAACCAGUAGGAAAAGGUUAUUUGGUUUCCUGCUUGGUGGAUCACCGAGGCAACAUCACUGAGUACCAGUGUCACCAGUACAUCACCAAGAUGACAGCCAUCAUUUUCAGUGAUUACCGUCUCAUCUGUGGCUUCAUGGAUGACUGCAAAAAUGAUAUCAACCUUCUGAAAUGUGGCAGCAUUCGGCUUGGAGAAAAGGAUGCACACUCACAAGGCGAGGUGGUGUCAUGCUUGGAGAAAGGCCUGGUGAAGGAAGCAGAAGAACGAGACCCCAAGAUUCAGGUCUCUGAACUCUGCAAGAAAGCCAUUCUGCGGGUGGCCGAGCUGUCCUCGGAUGACUUUCAUUUAGACCGGCAUUUAUAUUUUGCUUGCCGAGAUGAUCGGGAGCGUUUUUGUGAAAACACACAAGCUGGUGAAGGCAGAGUAUAUAAAUGCCUCUUCAACCAUAAAUUUGAAGAAUCCAUGAGUGAAAAGUGUCGAGAAGCACUAACUACCCGCCAAAAGCUGAUUGCCCAAGAUUAUAAGGUCAGCUACUCUUUGGCCAAAUCCUGUAAGAGUGACUUAAAAAAAUACCGGUGCAAUGUAGAAAACCUUCCCCGGUCCCGAGAAGCCAGGCUGUCCUACCUUCUGAUGUGUCUGGAGUCAGCUGUGCAUAGAGGGCGACAGGUGAGCAGUGAGUGCCAGGGGGAGAUGUUGGAUUACCGACGCAUGUUGAUGGAAGACUUUUCUUUGAGCCCCGAGAUCAUCCUGAGCUGUCGGGGGGAGAUUGAACACCACUGCUCUGGGUUACAUCGAAAAGGGCGAACCCUGCAUUGUCUGAUGAAAGUAGUUCGAGGGGAGAAAGGCAACCUGGGAAUGAACUGCCAGCAGGCGCUUCAAACACUGAUUCAGGAGACUGACCCUGGUGCAGAUUAUCGCAUCGAUAGAGCUUUGAACGAAGCUUGUGAAUCUGUAAUACAGACCGCCUGCAAACACAUACGAUCGGGAGACCCAAUGAUCCUCUCGUGCCUGAUGGAACAUUUGUACACAGAGAAAAUGGUAGAGGACUGUGAACACCGUCUGCUAGAGUUGCAGUAUUUCAUCUCCCGAGACUGGAAGCUGGACCCUGUCUUAUACCGAAAAUGCCAGGGAGAUGCAUCUCGUCUUUGCCACACCCACGGUUGGAAUGAAACCAGUGAACUUAUCCCUCCUGGAGCUGUGUUCUCUUGCUUGUAUAGACACGCCUACCGCACUGAGGAACAGGGCAGAAGGCUCUCACGGGAGUGCCGAGCUGAGGUCCAGAGGAUUCUGCACCAGCGUGCCAUGGAUGUCAAGCUGGAUCCUGCGCUGCAGGAUAAGUGCCUGAUUGAUCUGGGGAAAUGGUGCAGUGAAAAAACAGAGACUGGACAGGAGCUUGAGUGCCUGCAGGACCAUCUCGACGACCUGGCUGUGGAGUGCAGAGACAUAGUCGGCAACCUCACCGAGCUGGAGUCGGAGGACAUUCAAAUAGAAGCCUUGCUGAUGAGAGCCUGUGAGCCCAUAAUUCAGAACUUUUGCCACGAUGUGGCAGAUAACCAGAUAGACUCUGGGGACCUGAUGGAGUGUCUGAUACAGAACAAACACCAGAAGGACAUGAAUGAGAAGUGCGCCAUUGGAGUCACCCACUUCCAACUGGUGCAGAUGAAGGAUUUUCGGUUCUCUUACAAGUUUAAAAUGGCCUGCAAAGAAGACGUGCUGAAACUUUGCCCCAACAUAAAGAAGAAGGUGGACGUGGUGAUCUGCUUGAGCACCACCGUGCGCAACGACACUCUCCAGGAAGCCAAAGAACACAGGGUGUCCCUGAAGUGCCGACGGCAGCUGCGGGUGGAGGAGCUGGAGAUGACAGAGGACAUCCGUCUGGAGCCAGACCUGUAUGAGGCCUGCAGGAGUGACAUCAAGAACUACUGUUCCACUGUGCAAUAUGGCAAUGCUCAGAUUAUUGAAUGUCUAAAAGAAAACAAGAAGCAGCUAAGUACCCGUUGCCACCAAAAAGUUUUUAAGCUCCAGGAGACAGAGAUGAUGGACCCAGAACUAGACUAUACACUCAUGAGAGUCUGCAAGCAGAUGAUAAAGAGAUUCUGUCCAGAAGCAGAUUCCAAAACCAUGUUGCAGUGCUUGAAGCAAAAUAAAAACAGCGAACUGAUGGAUCCCAAAUGCAAACAGAUGAUCACCAAGCGCCAGAUCACCCAGAACACAGAUUACCGCCUAAACCCUGUGUUAAGGAAAGCCUGUAAAGCUGACAUUCCUAAAUUCUGUCACGGUAUCCUGACGAAAGCCAAGGAGGAUUCAGAGCUAGAAGGUCAAGUCAUCUCUUGCCUCAAGCUGAGAUACGCAGACCAGCGCCUCUCUUCAGACUGUGAGGACCAGAUCCGAAUUAUUAUCCAGGAGUCCGCUCUGGAUUACCGCCUCGAUCCUCAGCUCCAGCUGCACUGCUCGGAUGAGAUCUCCAAUCUGUGUGCCGAGGAAGCAGCAGCCCAGGAGCAGACAGGCCAAGUAGAAGAGUGCCUCAAAGUUAACCUGCUCAAAAUCAAAACAGAAUUGUGCAAAAAGGAGGUGUUAAACAUGCUGAAGGAAAGCAAAGCAGAUAUCUUCGUGGAUCCAGUUCUUCAUACAGCUUGUGCCCUGGACAUUAAACACCACUGUGCAGCCAUCACCCCCGGCCGAGGACGUCAAAUGUCCUGCCUCAUGGAGGCCCUGGAGGAUAAGCGGGUGAGGUUGCAACCUGAGUGCAAAAAGCGCCUCAAUGACCGGAUUGAAAUGUGGAGCUAUGCGGCGAAGGUGGCCCCAGCGGAUGGCUUCUCUGACCUCGCCAUGCAAGUGAUGACAUCCCCGUCAAAGAACUACAUUCUCUCUGUGAUCAGUGGGAGCAUCUGUAUACUGUUCCUGAUUGGCCUGAUGUGUGGACGUAUCACCAAACGAGUGACACGGGAGCUCAAGGACAGGUAGAGCCACCUUGACCACCGAAGGAACUACCUGUCCGGUGCCCAGUUUGUACAGCCCUCCUGUAUAGCAUACCCGCUCGCCUCGUUCUUCUCAGAGGUGCCUCCAACACCCGUGUUAGAGCAGCAGCAGGUAUCCGCUGCGCUGUCCCGUCUCAGACUCCGCCCGUCUCCUGGUGCCCCUCUCCUCUCCACCGUUCGUGCAGCAUCAGCAGCUGGCCGCUCGCUACCACCUUCGUCGGCAAACUUGGGUUUACCUGCUCGUAGACGAGUCUCUCUCAUACCAAUGGAACUACCGGUACUUCAAGAACCAACUCACCUGACCUGCAACUCAAAUGAUUUUUCUUUUUUUUAAGAAAAAAAACACCAAAAAAAAAAAAAAAAGAAAGAAACAUUUUUAAAGAAAGAAAAAAAUGUAUAUAGUAACACAUCUCCUCCAGGCUUGAUUUGGGCAGCGGGGUUAUUUCUUCUGUGGGACUGUGUCAGAUGAAGACAGGAUGUUAGAGGGAAACACGCCACCCGAUGUGCUGUGCCUGGGAUGUCUUGCUUAUUUCUCAAAAGCACCUUAGGGCCAUGUCAGGGCCGUGGACUUCACCGAGUCGUGGGAGACCACUUACCAGCCUGCUUAGGGUCCUGUUUUCUUCUGCUGAAACAGUUAUGCCUUCCAGCUUCCACCCUAAUACAGCCACUGCUGGUCAAGACCCCCCGCCCCUGCCCCCAGGCCGUGGGUAUUUCUGUGAUCUCCUCACCUCAGUGAAGCAAAGCAUGAUUCUCCAUAGGCCAAGGGCGAAUGGAUUGGGGAGAGGAUCAAAACUCUGUGAUGCUGAUCCGCCCUGAGAGGCUGGACCCUGAGACCCCAGGUAGCAGAAUCCCAGUGAUCUCCCUCCCCAGGCUAGUGCAGGACUCGGUUACAUUGGAUUGACCCUGCUGUGGUAGCCGUUGCCCCAGAAGUCCCGCCAGGAAGCAGUGUGUGUCGGGGGAGGGACUCGGGGCAGGAAAGGGCAGCCAGGAAUUGACUCACUUUGCUUUAUUUUGUAGGCAACAAUGCAGGUCAGAGACAAUGGCUUAUAAAGAUUCUCAGCGUGGUCUCAGGGUGACUGGCAGUCCAACCUGACCUUUCUGCAGGCUCAAGGCCACCUUCCUAGACAAGCUCCCUUAUGCCUCUGCAUGGUGAGGACGUGGAAUGCUUUUACAUGAAAAGAUGGAGGCUUUCUCCAUUUUUUUCUUUCUGUCCAUUUGCUGCAUAUACCCACUGUGGUAGGCAUUGGCUGAAUGUUGUAACUCUGGUGAUUCAUCAGUCUUUUCAGAGUUUGAGCUUAAUGGAAGCAGCAUUCCUGGCCCCCUCCCUCCCCUGCAGCGGGGAGUGACAGCUUCGGAGGGCGCAGAGGGAGGAGCGCCGGCCUCGCGGUUCUCCCGCACACCCGGGCCUGAGUCUGGGGCAUGGAGUCACAGUAGCUGCGCAAGAGGGCGGCGUGUACAGUGGGAGAUAUAUUUAUAUAAUAUAUAUUUUAUUAAUCUGUUAGACGUCCACAAAGUAUUAUAAAUCAUGUGCCUAAAACUGUCUGCAUAGACCAUGGCGCCCUUCCUCUCCGGCCCCUCCUUCGCCACCGUCCACAUGUGCCACGGACCCACGCGGCACCUGUCUUCCCUGGAUUGCGUUCAGUACACGGUGGGACAGUCUGUGGGUCACUCGAUCCAACUUACUCCUUGUCUGACCUGACUGAUGUGUAUCUGAUACUGUGGUUUUCUUCUUUUCCUCUCAUUUCUCCUCGCUACCCUUCCUGGAGGCAGUGGGUUCCCGAAGCCAGCCGCGUGUUCCCCCCGCCUAGGGCACUGCAGGUCACUGAGGGGAGCUGCUGUGCUGCUUGGUCCCCGCAGUCCCGCUCGCAGAGUCUUCCUGAUUCUCAGUGGCUGUCGUGGGUUCUUCAGUCUCACAAAACUUGAAACUCUCAAAGUCUGAGCAGCACUCCCGGCUACCACCACUGCCGGCCAGAGCUGAGCUGGUCCCAACAGCUUACUCCCAGGGGUUCCCACCUCGGGGUGGGGGCUGCUGAGGCUGGGAGUUGAGAAGCGGGGCUACCCUCUAAACGCUGAACCCCCUCAGAGUGUCUGCCGAGGUUUACAGAUAGGAUUAAUGUUCACCUCUUGGAGGGGCGGGGCCGUCAUCAUCUCCACAGUCUCCCUCCCAGUACGCACAGAGCAUCUCCAUAAGUCAGUGUUUCUCGGUACACCGUUCUUUCCGAACUGAGACCUUCUUCGUUCACUGUCUGCGGCAGAUCUGGAAGUUUGAGAAGGAGUUUGAUUCUUGAAACAUUUGUCCUCUUUAGAAACGGUCAGAGUAGAAGGGAUAACUCUGCCUGUACCUUCAGUUUUUUGUUGCGAGAAAGCAUUUCCCCAUCCUACUUGGAAUAGUUUUUAUAUGACUGGUACUUAAGACUCCAGGCAGUGUCCUGAGCAGUUUUCUGCGCCCAGUACCAUCCGAACCUGCACUGUGUCUGUUCUGUUCUGCUCUGCACUGGGUAUAACACACAGGUUCUGGGCACUCUGGUUAUCGUCAGCCUCGGGAUUCAGUUGUGGGUGAAUCAAGGAGUCAGGAAGAAACCAUGGCCCUGCUGGAGGAACUAAUGAUAGCCCGUGGCAUUUAUCUUCUGCUGCCUAGCCCAUGAAUAAUAGCAGAAGUAACAAGUGGGGCGGGGUUUGCUGAAAAUUACAUAGCCAGGUAACUCUCCUGGCCUUAUUAGCUCACUCCAGUGUCUCAGGGACUCACACUUAACGUGCUCCAUGACAUUCCAGAGGCACCAGGAGGUCAGGCUCCUGAGCUGGAGGCACUGUGCACAGGAAGUCAGAAGUCUGGGCAAACGGCAAGAACAAGACAGUACAGCUGCUCCCUGUACUGGAGUGUCGCCCACAGAGGGUGGCUCUGGGAGCGAGACUUUACCCUGGUGCAUCCCUGGCCCUCCUCUGCUAUCGCUGAGGUCCCUGGAGAAGCCUGUUCACAAGGAGCACCGAGACAGAAGCCCUAGCAAAGGCCCAGGUUCUCUGCGUUCCCGGAGGCCCUCUGCCAGCACUCCCAGUCCCAGUCGUGUGGGUCCAGUCGGCUCGUUCUGAGCCCGUGCAUCCUUAGAAGCUAGGGGAAUUCUAGUAUUUAGUGAGCAGGUGUUGACUUGAAUUCAUUGCAGGCUUUCAGCAAUCUCAACAUCCUGUGCUUACUCUUCUGGGGGAGCAGAGAACAGUUCUGCUGGUGGGGAGAGUGGGAAAUUAUGCUUUCCCAGAAGAUGUCACAGAAAAUUGCUAUUAGAUUUCAUCUCUUCCCAUUUCCUGAGGUCACAUAAUAGACGAAUCCAAUGGUUAAGAGGUCUGUGGUGUCCAUUUACACUUUAACAGACAAAGCGGAAAAGAAGUUGUAUGCUGACUUCCUCUGCCUUCCCAAGAGAAGAGUCACUCUCAGACGUGAGUGUGACUUCUGGAAAGGGCACCCAUCCUCCCCACCCCCAGGCGGUGGUACUACUGGCUCAAAGAUCCCUUCCAAAGUGUUCCAUCAGGGAAGGGUAGAUUGCUACGUGGGACCUCUUUUCUGAGCUGACCUCAGGUUUCUCUGAGAAAAGGCCUUCACUUCCCGUUUCUUCCCUUCCCUCACCAAAAAAUAAAUGCAUAAUCAUUCUUCUCCUAGAACUCAUGCUAAGUAAGCAUAUAUGGAGAAGGAAGCUAGAGUAGGGACCCUUGGAAGCUAGCCAGCCCAACCUGACACAUUCAACCUAAAUUUUGGCAUAGAACAAAAAGAGUAUGGCCUUUGAAUUAUGUGCAUUUUGAUAUGUUUGCUUGUAUUUCAGAUUCUUACAAAUUUGAAAAACCUCAGAGAUCCCUUUUAUUUCUCAUCAUCUGGACAGCAUCAGAGUAGUUUUACAGAGCUGUGCUCAGGUGCCCUGAGGUUCUCCCGGGCCUUCAGGGACGCUCCUCACCUCCCCCGUGGUCUUUGAUUCGCAAGGGCCUGGGCCCAGAGCGGGCGUUCGGUCUGCCUCUCACUCUCAGUUGUCUUGCUUGGCUACCGCUCUGACUGCGCUGCUCUUGGCCCUGCCUCGACCUCAGACUGCGUGGAAGUUGUUAGCAAACUCAGACCGACCUUCAGGGUGCAUGCAGGUCUCCCCAGCCCGUCGAGUGAGAUCACUGUGAAGGCAGGGACUGUUUGCAUCCGGGGCACAAAGGUGGGGUGGUCUGCUAGGGCUGGCGGUGACAGGAUCCUGGCGGUGGCUUCCUCUCCUUCCCCCUUCCCACGAUCCACCGUGAAGCACAGGCGGGGAUACUGGGAUGCGUGCAGUGGAGCAAUCUCCCUGGGCAAGGAGAACAUCAUAGUGCCUCUGUGUUCUGUUUUUGCCUCUCCUCCCCCAAACAUAGAGGUGACACCCAGACCCCGAGCCCAGCAGCACCUCUGCCAGACAUGCUAGGGUGGUUUGAGCAGGUCCCCCCGUCAGAUCGCGGCGCACUGGGUGGAGCGGCCUCUCCCGGCGCGGUGUCCCCAGGUCAGUCGGGACAGGAAAGCAGACGUGCAGCCGAUGCUGUGUGAGGUCUUAGGCCUUUGACUUUUUUUUUUUUUUUAAGGAAGAAAGAAAAGUAAAAUUAACAAGCCUCUUUUGUAAAUGGUUUUCCUUUCUAUGUAUAAACUCCCCGCAGUUCCUUGUUUUUACAUGUUCAUGCUGUGUAAUUUUGAGAUGUUUCCGAGAUUCUGAACAUAAUGUGCAUUUUUUUCUGUACAGAUGAAAUGGGAGAAUUUAAUAAAGAGUUUGCAGGUUUUUACUUGUUAAA